AACACGUCCACAGACCACAACCUUUACCACGAUCUCCACUACUAAAGGAACGUGGUAGCUGUGAGCACAGUGGCACACCUACAAGCGCAUCAAUCAAGGGUGACUGCGUAGUCGCGCAAUGGAAUCGUCUACGCACAGAACAGAGGAGGAAAUACAGCGACAGCUAGAAAUUCGGAGAAACAUCAAGCUCUUGGAAGCUCAGCUUAUCCCCCUCUCUGAUUCUGCCAACAAUGUAAUCGGGUCUCCCAAGAGGAAACAACCAGCUGAGACUUUGCUUGCACCCGCCACUCCGUCUCCAAAAGAGGAAGGUCAAUCAUGCAGGCCACACGCAGCGCUCAUUAUUUGGCGGGGCGACUGCUACCUCGGACUCUUCCUCAGCAUCUGGAGCUCCAGAUAUGAAUCCUCGGCUUCCAGGUAAAGGUUCGAUUGCUACUGGGCAAUAUCAGAAGCCUGCCCCUUCGAAUCUCCUCAGCAAACUUUCUAGAUUAUCAGGCGGCCCAGGAAAGCAAGAACAGGUACAGUCAGUUCAGAGGUCCCACAGCUUACUAGCUCGUGUCUCCCGACCGGCUUCGGACAUCGUGCCGGACAGAGAUGAACGACUGGCGAUUGUAGAGCAACUCGAGGUCGGCCCAAUAGAUCACAAGCCGCCACUUGACGACCCUCGCUUUGAGCGCCUUGAGCCAAAUUCUGGCAUCCGACUUUCGUCUCGUUCAUUGCCACACGACGAUUUGCAGGAGUAUCUCCGAGGUCGAUAUUAUCUUUCACCAUCUAAAUUCUACUCUUGCAUACGGCUGUUACCCAACAAGUCCGGCUACGAUGUGCCCGUCGAAGGUGACUGGAUCACAAUCGCCGUUGUUGCAGAGCGGGGGCCUGUAAGGACUACGCGCGCUCCCGUAGACGUUGCUCCCGGUGACGAUGGACGUGUAUCUGAUAAUGAAGGAGGCUUUAAUGGGAACGAACGUAAAGCUGGCAAUGGCCCUCGCACACAGGACCCACAAAAACAAAAACCUUUAAAAUCUCACGGAAAGAAAUAUGUCAAUAUGAAAUUAAUUGAUUUCGGGGCACGUUCACGGUCAUCUUCGGCAGGCGCCGCGUCUAUAAGAGGGGACGCAUUUCUGACCCUCUUGCUGUUCGAAGCUGACAGUUUUGAUCGUGUCACGAACGACGAUGGCAAAGUCAAGAAGGUCUACACUGGAGGCAGCAAAGGCGCUUUCGAAGCAAUGUCAAAGCUUAAAGAAGGGGACGUCGUUGCUCUUCUCAAUCCCAGAGUCCUCAAACCCUUCCAGUCCGCCGAAUCCAUUGCCAUCAUCGGACGCGCACAAGACUUGGGCAUGUGCAAAGUAGUCAAGCGCGACGGCAAAAUAUGCGGAAGCUGGACGGACAAGCGAGUAAGCGACGUGUGCGACUGGCACUUGACGAACGCUGUGCAAAGGCAGAGAGCCGGGCGGGCUGAGUUUUCUGCAGGGACCUCGGGAAUGACAGCUUCGUCAGGAAAGAAGCGAAAAGCGGAUUACGAUCCACAACGUCAGUGGGGACUGCAGCCUUCUGAGGCGUCUGGCUCCCGCGGUGGCGACGCCACGUACGUUGUUUCGGGGCACGUCGUGAGCGGGUCGAAUAGAGACGUGUCGUCGAUGUUUGUCGCUGAGAACAUGGGGCGCGAAGGUCAGGCGCGGGCGAAGCGGAAGCUGGUUCAGGAUGCCGAUCGUGAGCUGAAGGGACUGCUCGAGAGGGAUAAAGAGGGCAUGCGUGCUGUCGCCAAGGCCAGGGAGAUAGGCGCGAUGACGGCGAAGCGAGCCUCAGAUGGCGCUAAGGAUAAGAAGUCCGCAAAGGGGAAGCAACGGGCGAGAGAUGCGGAUGCUGAUGAUGAAUCCGACGAUGAGAAGACAUCAAAGGCGCCCCAGACGAAGCUGGCGUAUUCUGCAGAUAUCAUCAAAAAACUUGGCUUCGAUCCAGCAGCGAAAACGGGGCAGAAGCGAGCGGUGCAGUCGGCGGUGCAAGAUAAGAUUGCAGCUCUCGCAGCUGUCCGUGAGUCCCGCAAGGCAAUUAAUCUUGGACCGCGACCAGGCCCCAGAAUUCGUUCCGGGGUGACUGUUCCUGCGUUCAUGCUGGAACAUGAACUAGAUGGUGAUAAUUGUGGUGACGAAGGGGAUAACAGCGUCAGAGCUGGGGAUGAGGACGAACAUGAUGAGGAGCUGAUAGAUCUCGAUGACUGAUUUAUUAUGAGGUCAUGACGGACUAGUAGUACUCGGAUAUACAGACAGUCCUAUUUUUCACUUGCCAGUGCAUUUCUUUAUGUUGGCGGUGCUAAAGGAGUACUCUGUGCGGGCAACUGAAUUUCGCGACUAAUGUGGUCAAUGACUCAUUCAGAUGAAGUUCAGGGUGUCAGUGAUUUCACUUUUCACAUACGGCCCACUGACGGCCACAGGUCUCUGGGUGAUUUUUAUAUACGGGAGAAAACUCGAUGCUUAUUAGCAGCAUGCUAAUUAAUAAUUCGGUGAAUA